AGUGCACAGAUGCUGGGGUGCACACUGUCAGGUGCUGAUGGAAUGGGAACCUCCUUGGAUUUCCAGCCACACUUUGCGUUCCCAAGAUGCUUGUUUCUUCCAGAGCCUGGAGAAACCUCAGGAUGGGCAGCUCUGAGGGACUCCAUGUCCACCUCACCCACUCCCUCUGCUCCAAGCCUGGGUGGCAACAGCCGGGAUUCCCUCCUCAUUCUCACCCGGAGCCAGACCCAGGCCAGGGACCAGGAUUUUCCUCUGGAGGGUCUAGGGGAAUUUGGUGCCCAUCCCGUGGCAUUUACUGGGGGGAAAGGACGGAGCAAAGGUGGCCAGGGACGGAGAGCCACGGGGGGCUCUGCUGCCUGGCCCCUGGACAGGCUGGUGGAACUGCAGACCUUAUCAGGCUGUGAGACCAUGGAGGAGCACAGGGAGGCUGGAAUUGUCCUUGGUCAUGCCAUGAGUCUCUCUGGCUGUCACUUGGGGCAGAACUUGUGACAAGGACGCCCAUGUGUCCCGGAGGGAAGGAGCUCCCAGCGCAGGGAGCCAGAUCGUCUCCUGAGGAGGCUGAUACAGGGGAGCUGCCGAAUGAAGCUGGGAGCUGCUGGUGGAUGAGAGACCCCCUAGGCUCUGCAUGGAUGGGGAUGGGGAGAGCAGCUCACAGUAGGAGCCCAGAGCAGCCGGAAAACUCCAGCCUCCUCCUCAGAGCCUUCCUGCUCCUUCUCCUGUGCAGGCACGUCUCUCCCCAGUGCAAGAUCCUGCGCUGCAACUCGGAGUAUGUGGCGGCAACGCUGCACCUGCGUGGCCCCGAGCACGGCGCCGCGUUCUGCACCGCGCUCCGCUCCUACUCCCUGUGCACCCGGCGCACCGCCCGCACCUGCCGUGGGGACCUGGCCUUCCACUCCGCUGUGCAUGGCAUCGAGGACCUCAUGAUCCAGAACAACUGCUCCAAGGAAGGGCCCACAGCCCCGCCAGGGCCCCGGCCCCCGGCCCCCAACCCCCAUGGCUUCGAGUCGCUUGACAUCUGUGAUUACGAGCAGAGUUUCCUUUACAAGCAUGGCCGUCCCCCGGGUUUCCAGCACUGUGCUGCCUUUGGGGACCCCCAUAUCCGCACCUUCCAUGAUGACUUCCACACGUGCCGAGUGGAGGGCUCCUGGCCGCUCUUGGACAACGAUUACCUGUUCGUGCAAGCCACCAGCUCACCAGUGGCCAAGGGGUCCAACGCAACCGUCACCAGCAAGCUGACCAUCAUAUUCAAGAACAUGAAGGAAUGCAUUGACCAGAAGGUCUACCAGGCUGAGCUGGACAACGUCCCUGCGGCCUUCCAGGACGGCUCCGUGAACGGAGGAGCGCGUCCAGGGGGGAGCAGCCUGGCGAUCCAGGAGCGCAGCCCCGGCCGGCACGUGGAGAUCCGUGCCCGCUACAUUGGCACCACCAUUGCCGUGCGCCAGGCUGGCCGCCAGCUCUCCUUCUCCAUCCGCACCGCCGAGGAGGUGGCCCGGGCCUUCACGGAGGAGCAGGACCUGCAGCUGUGUGUGGGCGGCUGCCCCCACAGCCAGCGCAUGUCCCGCAGCCCCCGCGGGCGCGGCCGUGUCCCUGCGGAGACGGCGCGGGCGCUCUGCCGGGAGAUCCUGCCCGUGGAGGACGUCUACUUCCAGUCGUGUGUCUUCGAUGUGGUGACCUCAGGGGACACCAACUUCACCAUGGCAGCGCACGGGGCGCUGGAGGACGCCCGGCUCUUCCUGCCUGAUGCCGAGAAGCUUCACAUCUUCCAAGCUGGCAGAGGCUGCCCACUCACCUCUCCGUCGUCUCUCUUCCAGCUCUUCCUCCUCCCCUGUGGACUUUGGGCCGUUUUGUUGCACUUUUAACCCCUGACUGCUCCGUAGGGAGCCUGUGUGAGCUGCUGGCUCCAAGCUGCAGCCAGGAGAGAUUCCUCACCUUGAAGGAGGUAUCCCCACAGCCACAAGGAACCAGAGGCUCAGGAGAGGGGAGAGAUGAACCCCUG